AUGUCUCAAAAUCAACGGGAGGCGUGGGAGCGCCUGCAAGUUAUGCUGUCCAAGCGCAAGGCCGGCUUCGGUGGCAUGCCAUCCGGUGGUGGCCGAGGAGGCAUGGGACUUAUCGGAACUCUCGUUCUGGCCGGUAUUGGCACCUACGUCGCGUCAAAUGCUCUAUUUAACGUGGACGGUGGUCACCGUGCCAUCAAAUACUCGCGCUUAGGUGGUGUUCAGAAGGAGAUCUACAAUGAAGGUACUCACUUCCAAAUCCCGUGGUUCGAAACUCCCAUCAUCUACGAUGUCCGUGCGAAACCUCGCAGCAUCCCUUCCCUCACCGGUACCAAGGACUUGCAGAUGGUGAACAUCACCUGCCGUGUCCUCUCCAGACCCCGCGUGGAUGCUCUCCCCCAGAUCUACCGAACUCUGGGCCAAGACUUCGAUGAGCGCGUUCUACCCUCAAUCGUCAACGAGGUUCUGAAGAGCGUUGUUGCCCAGUUCAACGCCAGUCAGUUGAUCACACAGCGUGAGAACGUUGCCCGUCUGGUGCGGGAGAACCUGGCUCGCCGGGCUGCCCGUUUCAACAUUGCUCUGGACGAUGUGUCCUUGACACACUUGACCUUCUCCCCCGAGUUCACCGCCGCCGUUGAGGCCAAGCAGGUCGCACAGCAAGACGCUCAGCGUGCUGCAUUCAUGGUCGACAAGGCCCGCCAAGAGAAGCAGGCCUUCAUUGUCCGCGCACAGGGUGAGGCCCGCUCCGCCGAGCUUAUUGGUGAUGCGAUCAAGAAGAGCAAGAGUUACAUCGAGCUCCGGAAGAUCGAAAACGCCCGUCACAUUGCUCAGAUCCUGCAUGAGAGCGGUGGCAAGAACAAGCUCUACUUGGACAGCCAAGGAUUGGGCCUGAAUGUCCACUCCUUCAACGAGGAGGGCAAAUAA